CUGCGACAGCCAUUUGUCAAGAGACGAGCAAACCUGGCGGCGGUGGGAGAAGCUGUGGACUAUCAGUCACUCCGGACAGUCUCGGCUGUUGUUUCGUUGGACGUGAAUCUCUUUUUAUAUGCGAGAUAGGCUCCAAGUUCAACUGCUCGUCUCCUGGACUCAGCGGCUCGGAAAAGGCGACGCUGCUGUAUCAAGUUGCCUUGCAGAUGCUAGUUAGCUCCCGUGGCUAACGUGGUAGCUGCUGGCUCUGAGCUGCAAACACCGACCGCUUCUGCUGCUGUUGCCGCCGCCGUCGCCGCCGCUGGUGGUGAGAAAGCUGAGACUCGCACAAGGACCGUGACCGUAGCAGAUCCCCUGCGCCCUCGGCCGUAACUAUCAUCGUCGCGGAUUUGGAUACCAGAGGAAUUAAAGCAGAUAAGCCGCCUGUGUUUGUCUGACUUCUCAUCUCGGAGCUUCCCACCUCUUCAUUUCAGCGCUUUGAAUCUUGGGCUGUGGAUAACAAAUCUGUGUACUACAAACAAACCUUCUGAGAAGACCUCCCUCACCUGACAGGAAAAAUCGACCUUUAAAGUGGCAUCUGGAGUAGAGGAGACUGAUUGUGGCUUGACAACAGAAGACAAACAAGGAGGACUCAUGCCAAACCCUUCCCGUCCUCAGACAGCCUAGCGAAGGUCCAGGAGGUAGCAAGCUGGCUAUUGGAAAUGAACCAGGAUCUGCUGUCGGGGGGCAGCAGCAGCAGGCGAAGUCGAGGUCCAGGGGGUCCAGCGGCGCGAGGUAACGCCUCCUCCUCGGCUCGGGCUCCCCAGCAGCCAACGGAGGAGGGCGAUGAAGAUGAGCACAUGAAUCUGGUGGUGGAAGAGAGCAGGCAACUUCAACAGAGACCAGAGGUGUCACACAUAGACGGUGAUGGGGGACCACCAUGGGCUGCCGGCGAAUCGGGAACCAGCAACGGCCCACAGGCAGAAGAAGGCGAGGACGGUCUGCCAAGCGACGUGAACGGAGGCCAGAAGCAAGCCAGGUGGAUGAGUGGGACAGAACAGAGGCGCCCCCGAGGCCAGUCGCUCGGCGACGAAGAGAACGAAGAGGAGAACAACAACAGCAGUCAACAAGAGGACGAGACAGAGGAAAGGACAGAGGGAGGGAGGGAAGAGGAGGAGAGGGAAGAUGGCGAGGAGGAAGAGGAAGAUGAUGAGGAGGAGAUGGACCAAGACAGCGAUGAUUCUGAACAUUCUGCUGAGAGUGGGAGGGAGGAGGACGAAGAGGAGGGGGAAGAAGGGCUGACGUCUCCCACUCUCCGGAACAGUGUUUCUGCCCCCAACAACAACCUGGAUGCAGGUUCUACUCACCAAAGCUCUUCCAACAAGAAGAUGAAGAGGAAGUUUGAUCAUGGCCCUGAAGUCCGAUCCUUCCCUUCAGGCAAGAAACCAUGCAAAGACACGGAAUAUUCCAGCCCAACGGGAAUCGUUCCAUGUCCUGCCACACCCACCACAUUUGGCCAUAUUAGAAAUGCGAACGGUCAGGGGCAACAGAGGCGGCGCAUCACCUCCAUCCAGCCACCCACGGGUCUCCAAGAGUGGCUCCGAACAUUUCAGAGCUGGACAGGCCCAGAAAAGCUGCUGGCGCUGGAUGAGUUGAUUGACAGCUGCGAGCCCACACAAGUGAAGCAUAUGAUGCAGGUGAUCGAGCCGCAGUUUCAGCGCGACUUUAUCUCACUGCUACCCAAAGAGCUGGCUUUGUAUGUGCUGUCGUUCCUGGAACCGAAAGACCUCCUCCAAGCUGCCCAGACGUGUCGAUACUGGCGGAUCCUCGCUGAAGACAACUUGCUGUGGAGGGAGAAAUGCAGGGAAGAAGGCAUCGAUGAGCCGCUGCCUCUCAAGAAGAGGAAAAUUGUCAAGCCCGGCUUCACUCACAGCCCUUGGAAGAGUGCCUACAUCAGGCAGCACCGGAUAGACACUAACUGGAGGAGAGGAGAUCUCAAAUCACCUAAGGUGCUGAAAGGUCACGACGACCAUGUGAUCACUUGUCUCCAGUUUUGUGGCAACCGUAUCGUGAGCGGCUCAGAUGACAACACGUUGAAAGUCUGGUCUGCUAUAACGGGAAAGUGUCUGCGGACGUUAGUGGGCCACACGGGCGGCGUGUGGUCGUCCCAGAUGCGGGACAACAUCAUCAUCAGCGGCUCCACGGAUCGCACGCUCAAGGUCUGGAACGCAGAGACGGGAGAAUGUAUCCACACCCUCUAUGGACAUACCUCAACAGUGCGCUGCAUGCACCUACAUGAGAAAAGGGUGGUCAGCGGCUCUCGCGAUGCCACGCUGCGAGUUUGGGACAUCGAGACUGGUCAGUGUUUACACGUCCUCAUGGGCCACGUGGCGGCGGUGCGCUGCGUCCAGUACGAUGGCCGACGGGUGGUCAGCGGUGCCUAUGACUUCAUGGUCAAAGUAUGGGACCCGGAAACGGAGACCUGCCUCCACACACUGCAGGGCCACACCAACAGAGUCUACUCUUUACAGUUUGACGGGAUCCAUGUCGUGAGCGGCUCACUGGACACUUCGAUACGAGUUUGGGAUGUGGAGACGGGCAACUGCAUCCACACCCUGACGGGGCAUCAGUCCCUCACCAGUGGAAUGGAGCUGAAAGAUAACAUCCUGGUCUCGGGCAACGCAGACUCCACUGUCAAGAUCUGGGACAUCAAGACCGGCCAGUGUCUGCAGACAUUGCAAGGUCCACACAAGCACCAGAGCGCCGUCACGUGCCUGCAGUUCAAUAAGAACUUUGUCAUCACAAGCUCGGACGAUGGGACAGUGAAACUAUGGGACCUGAAGACGGGCGAGUUUAUCCGCAACCUGGUGACUCUGGAGAGCGGCGGCAGCGGCGGCGUGGUGUGGCGCAUCCGGGCCUCCAACACCAAGCUGGUGUGUGCCGUGGGCAGCCGCAACGGCACGGAGGAAACCAAGCUCCUGGUGCUGGACUUCGACGUGGACCUGAAGUGAGUGGGCUGCGGAGGGUCUGUGUGACGCCGGAGAAAAGCAAAACGGAGGAGGAUCCUUCCCCCGCACUCACUAGUCCACCUCCACUUUCGAGCUGUCGGCUGCUCCCUCCUCCAUCACCAUCCUUGUCCAGCGUUGGGUAAAUGUUACUGGCGACCUCCUCGGCUCCCGGCCGACCUCCCGGUCCGAGCCGACGGCAGGGGGGCGGCGCGGCGUCUCGAUUGCCUGCGAAACCGAAGAUGAAGGUUGGACCGACGACUGAAGGCUCUCCGUGCGAGGGCACUUUUGUACAGAGACUUGCCAGACAGAUGUUGAGAUGUACAGAGAUAUAUUAUUUUUGAAUACCCUCCAGGCCCCCGCCCUUCUCAUCAGUGCGCCCACAGAUACACUCACCAGGCCGGCAGAGGUGGCGCUCAGCGGGGGACGUUCAGAGCUGCUCUAGGUGAAGGAGAGGAACCCGGUUUUCCUCUCUCUUCUCCACUUGAUUUGAGGUUUGCUUUGGUUACAGUGCCGCAUGUGGUCACAGCUGUGAAGCUCUUUGUUUUGAAACGUUCUUUUUCCUGACGUUGCCGACGGCAACAGAUCCCAGUAUUAAGCCCCGCACCGUUUGCUGCCAUCACAGGUUUCUUUUCCUCCGUUUGGUUCCCUCGAACAUCAGGCUGUCCGUUUCGUGCUCCGGUGGGUGGCGACACCACCGAGGGGAGGGAGUGUGGUGUCUUUGCUUGAGGAGCUGUCAGGUCUCGCCCUCCGUCAGUGCCCCUCCUCUCCCAGGCCAAACUGUAUUUAUGCUGCUAGCUGAAGGGCGCCAAGACUUGCUGCGACGUUUUAGUCCCAGGCAGAAAUUCCAAAUUUCAACUGUUUGGAGGAGAAACAAAAGAUUUACACCCAGCUUUUCUUUUCUUUUUUUUUUUUUUUUUGCCACUAAAACUUGAGCCAAUCGUGCCUCUACGAGGCUGAGAGGAGGGAGCGUGUCCAACAGAUAGUGACGCCUGCAGAAAGAGUACAAGGGGAUGUAGACUGUGAGAGUGUGCGCGCGCGUGUGUGAGAGUGUGUGUAAUGGGCGACAUGUAAACACAUUCCUGGGGACAAAGCUUUCUCAGCCUGUUCUUUGGGUCAUUGUACAAACGCGGUGUGGCAACAACAACACAAGGGUUGUAUGAAUAUGAACAUGUGAAUGAGAGUUCAGUGUUUCUGUGUGUGUGAGUGUGAGAUUGUCCUUCACUCUGAAGUGUCUGAAGCAACAGAGGAGACCAUCACAAGCAUCUACUGUGUUCCAGCCUCCACCGGAGGGUCAAUAUCGACAAGAAGUCGCCAAAAAAAAGGAAAAAAAAAAAGUCUCAAUCUCCAAAAAGUCACAACUCAAGCUGAACUGUGAAAGUGCUAUAACACUGUAUAUUAAAAAAAAGACAACAAUCUUGUUUAUCUCCUUCUCCUCUCGUUGUGUUCGCCCUCUGGUUAAUUUAUAAUCUGGUUUGAGAAAUCAGAUUUGUUGCAAGUGUUUAUUUCACUUCAUGUAAAACCGCCCGAGAUUAAAAAAAAAAUACAAAAACGCACAGAAAAAACUGUUUGAUUCACUUAGAAUUUUAUUUUCUUAUAACUUAAGUGCAAUAAAAUGUGGGUUUUUCUUUUUUCAUUUCAAGCAUAUCAGUCGUCUGUUUUGUUACCUGUGUGAAGGUCUCUGUUCAAUAAAGCAAAUUAUUUGGUUAAUGAUGUCGACCGGAGCGUAAUUUACGUUUUUUUUUCUUUUUUUUCUUUGACUGUCUGGGUUGACGCUUCAGAAGGAGCUGUCUGUUUUUCAGACUUAAAUGACACUUGAAAGUCUUCGACUGCGGCUCGCUGUCGCACCAGUAGAGGAGACAUGUCACACUAACUGAAAUGUGUAAGUGUCAGGACCAGUUUGUGCCUCCUCCUUGACCCCGCUUUUCAUUGGGACCUGGAGCUUUUCAUAUCUGUAACCAGUGUACUGAGACCGACGUUCUCCCCAGGUUGCCUCAUUAUCAGCAACCUGCUGCCAUGUUUAAACUGCUAUGA